CGAUUUUUUCCCUCGUUGUUCUGUGUCACUCACUCAUUCACUCACUGUCUGCGUGUUUUCUAAGUCCAUUUUAUACCAACACUCUGUAAUUUGAGGACUUUAAACUCAUUUCAGUUAGCAACUCACUGGAUACUUCCGUUUUAAUGUAUUUGAUGCUGAGCCCAAGCAGUUUAUCCCGCAACAAUUUCAGCUAUAAAGUUGGUUUUACAUCAGCCUUUUGUCCCAACCCAAGCUCUCGACUUGGUUACAAGAAGUUGAACAGCACUUGUUUCUCUUCAUGCUCAGUGAUCAACCAAAGCAGUGCUCGUUCGAUAACUUGUCGUGCAUCCAUGGAAAAUGAUGUUGCACAAAGGAAGGAAAAUGUAGCGUGCCAUGGGCUUUCUGAUAAAGUUGUGGGUGUUUUGGGUGGUGGACAGUUAGGGCGCAUGCUUUGCCAAGCUGCUUCUCAAAUGGCUAUCAAAGUCAACAUUCUGGAUCCUUUGGAGAACUGCCCUGCAAGUUCUUUAUCCCAUCAUCAUAUGGUGGGAAGCUUUGAUGAUAGUACCACCGUUGAAGAAUUUGCUAAGACGUGUGGAAUACUGACGGUUGAAAUUGAGCAUGUUGAUGCAGACACUUUGGAAAAGCUUGAAAGACAAGGGGUAGAUUGUCAACCCAGAGCUUCUACGAUUCGUAUUAUCCAGGAUAAGUUUCUUCAGAAAGUCCAUUUUUCUCAAAAUGGCAUACCGCUUCCCAAGUUUAUGCAGAUAGAAGACCAAGAAAGUGCUGAAAGAGCAGGUCAAGAAUUUGGCUAUCCUCUUAUGAUUAAGAGUAGAAGGUUGGCUUAUGAUGGUCGUGGUAAUGCUGUUGCUAAAACUGAAGAGGCGCUCACUUCUGCCAUCAAUGCUCUAGGAGGAUUUGGUCAUGGUUUAUAUGUUGAACAAUGGGCUCCUUUUGUUAAGGAACUUGCAGUCAUAGUUGCAAGAGGAAGAGAUAAUACUAUAUCGUGCUAUCCUGCUGUUGAGACUGUACACAGGGAUAAUAUCUGUCACAUUGUUAAGGCACCUGCUAACGAGUCAUGGAAGAUUAUGAAACUUGCAACUGAUGUUGCUUCUCGAGCAGUGGCUUCAUUGGAAGGUGCUGGUGUGUUUGCAGUUGAGUUGUUUUUGACAGAAGAUGGCGAGAUUCUACUAAAUGAAGUUGCUCCUCGACCUCAUAAUAGUGGACACCACACCAUCGAAUCUUGCUAUACUUCACAAUAUGAGCAGCAUUUGCGGGCAGUUGUUGGUCUUCCUCUUGGUGAUCCAUCAAUGAAGGUUCCAGCUUCGAUGAUGUACAACAUUCUAGGUGAAGAUGAGGGAGAGGCAGGUUUCAUUAUGGCACAUCAAAUUAUCAGAAGGGCAUUGUGUACUCCAGGGGCCACCAUUCAUUGGUAUGAUAAGCCAGAUAUGCGAAAGCAAAGGAAGAUGGGGCACAUCACUGUUGUUGGCCCUUCAAUGGGUGUCGUCGAAGCACGCGUGAAAUCAUUUCUGAAAGGAGAAAGUUCUGAGGAGAUUCCAGUAGCUCCACGUGUUGGUAUUAUUAUGGGUUCUGACUCAGAUCUCCCUGUGAUGAAAGAAGCUGCCAAAGUGUUGCAUGAGUUUGAUGUCUCUGCUGAGGUUAGAAUUGUGUCAGCACACCGGACACCUGAGCUGAUGUUUUCUUAUGCUACAUCUGCUCGUGAAAGAGGCAUUCAGAUUAUUAUUGCUGGUGCUGGGGGUGCAGCCCAUUUGCCAGGCAUGGUAGCUGCACUGACACCCUUACCUGUGAUUGGAGUUCCUGUACGUGCUUCUGCAUUAGAUGGCCUCGACUCCCUUCUCUCCAUCGUCCAGAUGCCGCGGGGUGUUCCUGUUGCAACAGUUGCAAUAAAUAAUGCGACUAAUGCAGGGUUAUUGGCAGUCAGAAUGUUAGGGGUUGCGGAUAUUGCACUCCAAGCAAGAAUGGCGCAAUUCCAAGAAGAUGCUAGAGAUACAGUAUUGGAAAAGACGGAGAAACUAGAAAAAGUGGGAUGGGAAGAUUACUUGAAUACCAGAGAGUCUUAGGAACCAGUUUCAUACAUCAGAAUCCACAAUUUUGAGUUAGCUGCAAACUUAACCCAAAACAAGACUUGCAUAACACCUCUAUAUAUGGAAGCACAGUUGGAAAUUGAAUUUUCCAUAAGCUGGUCCUAUGGGGUCUUUGUUCAUUAGAUUUGAAGUCCAAGUCCCAUGUUGUAUCAUUAGUAUCCAAGAAUUUUUUUUGUAGAGAUUCAAAACUUGAGUUGUACUGAUAGGCAUUUUGAAAAGAUCCGUAAUCAAGAUUAAAAAUGUGUUCCGAAUUCUA